CAAAGGGCAGUAUCUCCACAUUGUGUUUAGCUGUUAAACAAUGGUUGGAAUUUGGUGUUUGGUUCAGCUUUUGCUGGUUUGUGCUUUAUGUCAUGCCGUUCCACACUGGGGUAAAUCGCUUCAGGAUGUUCAAUCUCUGAUGACCCAGCAGUUUCCGCUUCAGAAACCAGUUCAACAACCAACUUACCAGCAGUUUCCGGUUCAGAAGCCAGUUCAACAACCAACUUACCAGCAGUUUCCGGUUCAGAAACCAGUUCAACAACCAACUUACCAGCAGUUUCCGCUUCAGAAACCAGUUCAACAACCAACUUACCAGCAGUUUCCAGUUCAGAAGCCAGUUCAACAACCAACUUACCAGCAGUUUCCAGUUCAGAAACCAGUUCAACAACCAAGUAACCAGCAGGUUCCUCAGCAGAUUUCGCUUCAGAAGCCGGUUCAACAACCUAAACCACAGUUUCCGCUUCAGAAGCCAGUAGUGCAGACAGAUCCUAUUAAUAAAUGUGCUGUAGCUGAUUCUGAGCAGAUCCAAUGUGGUCUACCUGGCAUCAGUGGUGCUGAGUGUGAAGCUAUCAACUGCUGCUUUAAAGCACAGCAGUGUUACUAUGGGAGGACGGUAACUGUCCAGUGUAUUCGAGAUGGUCAGUUUGUGGUAGUGGUGUCUAGAGACGUUACUCUGCCUCGACUGAGUCUGGAUUCGGUUCAUCUACUGGGUGGAAAUGACCCACCUUGUGCUCCUGUGGGGUCCACACCUUCCUUUGCCAUAUACCAGUUCCCUGUGACCGCAUGUGGCACGAGUGUGAUGGAGGAUGGCGGAUAUGUGGUGUAUGAAAACCGAAUGACCUCAUCCUAUGAAGUGGGGGUUGGACCAUAUGGUUCCAUCACAAGGGACAGUAAUUUUGAGUUCCUCUUCCAGUGUAGAUACUCUGAAACUUCUGUGGAAGCUCUGGUUGUGGAGGUCAACUCCGUUCCUCCACCUCUACCAGUAGCUGCUCCAGGGCCUCUCCGGGUGGAGCUCAGACUGGCCAAUGGCCAAUGUGUCACCAAAGGCUGUGCUGAAGGAGAUGAGGCCUACACGUCCUACUACAGUGACGCGGAUUAUCCAAUCACAAAAGUCUUGCGAGAGCCUGUGUAUGUUGAGGUGCACAUUAUGGAGAGGACUGACCCCAAAAUUGUCCUGAUGCUGGGACGUUGUUGGACGACUUCAACCCCCAGUCCACUCAGUCUCCCCCAGUGGGACCUUCUGAUCGAUGGAUGCCCUUACCAGGACGACCGUUACCUGACCACACUGGUUCCAGUGACUGGAUCAUCUGGGCUUCAGUUCCCAACCCACUAUAGGCGUUUUGUUGUGAAGAUGUUCACAUUCGUAGACCCAGCCUCACUGGCUGCUCUGCAGGAAACUAUCUUCAUCCAUUGCAGUACAGAGGUGUGCCAUCCAUCAUCUGGCUCUUGUGAGCAAAGGUGCACCAGGAAACGAAGAGAUACUCGUAUCAAGGCUGUCUCUGGGGAGCAGACUGUGGUUUCUAGUGGAGCAGUUACUCUGGUCAUGUAAAUAUAGUUUUUAAUAAACUUUGCAGAACCCAGAGGUAUCUUGUCUUUGUAUUC